AUGUUUCAUUUAUUUGUGGCAUUUUUGGCUUUUAGUUGGCUGCUGUAUAGACUUGUACGUUUCAUUACAAUACCAGUCUCUAGCAUUGUGGUAACGCUAGGUGUGAAAACUCCACCAACGACCAAAGUUUCAAUAGAUAAGAUUACUAGUGACAGUAUAACUAUACACUGGGAAAAUGAGCCACUAAAUCAGGAUUCUAAAGAAGUGAAUACCGAUUCUGGAAAUGGGUAUACCAACGAAUAUUCGAUUUGCCAUUAUAUUUUAUACCUGAAUAAUAAACAAAUUGCGGUGUUUCAUAACAGUCCUAACGCAUUGUACACAUGUUGUGCAAUUACUGGAUUGGAACACGGCAUGGAAUAUCAGCUAGAUUUUGUUUCUGUGAAUAAGUUGGGAUAUGUUAACAAGUUGCCCUCUAUUUAUUGUAAAACAGACGCUAUUACUGGAAAUGGCAUUGAUAAAACAGACAUCAUACAUAAUAAUGAAUUUAAUGAUCAAAUGGAUAAUUCACAAAAAACCACUAGGUGGAGGAGAAAUACUUUGGUGAAAAAGCUCACAUCCACGUUUUCUGGAGACUCCUCACAAUCCAAAAUAAGUACAGAUAAUUAUGGUUUGAGUGUAAAUGGUUUUAAUGCCGGCUCCAAUUUGCAAUCAUAUACUAGUUUGACGACACUGAAAGACUUGGAAAACUAUACCAUUGAUGAUUUGAAAAAGAUAUUGGUCUGCUCCCAAGAAGACCUGCAUGAUGUCCUUGCACAAGAGAAGUCAAUCUCUGAGGAUUUUCAGGAAUCACAAGUUCAAUUACAAAUGGAAUUAGAUAAUUUGAAAACUAGUUGGUCUCAUGAAAUGAAUCUAAGGAAGUCACUGAAAUCAUCAAUCAAAUCUCUAGAAAACUCUAAACUAUUAACAGAUACCAAAUCAGAAAAGGUAAAGAAAAAAAUUAACGAAUUAAGGUUCAAAAUAUCCAGGAUGGAAAAGGAUAUGAAAGAAUGGGAAAAAGAAAAUUCUUUGUACCAUACUGCAGAUCUGGGAGGUAAAUAUGACACAAUGAUCAAAGAGAUUGGAGAUACAGAAAUGCAACUGCUGCAACAAGUUCAAAAUCUGCAAUCCGAGAUACAAAUUGGAGAAGCUAAUUAUAAAGAUAUAGUGUCACGGAAGCCCAUUUUAACUAAGGUAAAAUCCAAAGUUGGGAAAGAAACAAUUAAUUCGCUGAGUAGCGAUAAACAGGAAAAUGCAUUACCUAUUAUUAGGGAUCUGGAAUUCCUUCUCACCGAUACUAGCAAAUUAUAUCAGCAUAACAGUAAACUGGCAUCUUUAAGUAAUGACUCUAAAAUAAUGAAAUUCAUUAAAACGCAAAAAUCCAUGGAUCAAAAGAAAGAUUCAAAAUGGAAAGCGAAAUUUGAGAAAAUACAAACAACCAUUAAAGAACUAGAAGGAAAGUUGACUGAAAUGGAAAGUCAAAAACAAGGAAAUAAUUUGAAUGAUGAAGGCAAUGUUUAUAAAAUUUCCUCCUCUGAUAAUAUUCAAAAUUAUCAAAAUAUACUAGCUCAAAAUUACCAAAAUAUAUCUAUGAAUCAGAACGAUACGCCUCAACUACUACCAAAUAGCAAACUAAGUGAUGGAUUAGAGCAAGUCAACUCAAAUGGACUGUCAAAUGAUAGUCCAGUUUUAAGUAAUGAUAUUGACAUGGCAAACCAAACUCCCCUAAUUCUGCACCAUCCUGCCUCAUAUAAUGGUUUAAACCCUCCAAUAAAUUUUCAAGUGAUGUCUCCACCCAAUCAGGUAGCUUAUAUGAAUCAAGAGACUAGGCAAUUUAGUUCCGGGAGCAAUGCAGUUGGUUCAGUAAUGUCAGCUGGUGCCCAGAGCAAUCAUACUAAUAAUUCAGUUUGGAACAAUAGCUAUCCCUAUGAGAAUGCUGACAACAACCUUGAAUAUGAGAAUACCAACCACUUACUGACAGGACUUGAAGAUAUGAUUCAUGAUGAAGCAGACUAUCCAGAAAGUAUUAGUAAUUACUCAAAUGUAUUCACAGUUGAUCAAUUAGAUAAUUACUGGAAUAAAAAGAGAAGUAUACCACUAAAGAGCAAUGCUGCACAUUCAACUAACACAGGGGUAAGUAAUAUACAUGCAGCAGCUGAGAUGUUAUCUCCCCAGGCUAGUGCCCUCUCACAAUCAUCACAAGUAGAUAACAAACUGGGAACUUCUUAUUCACAAGAUAGGAUUCCACUAUCUAGCUCGCCCUUGGGACCAUAUACCCACGCACAUUCAUCAUCGUUGGGUGUUCCUCAAUCGCAUACUCAGCAUUUGCUCUCUUCCUCAUUAAAUAACUCAGUACUUGGAAAAUAUCAAGACCAAUUUGGCUUUCAGCAAGGCAGUAAUUACUAUGGUAAUAGUAGGCCUCUCGCAAGUAAUAUUAAUGGUUUAAGCAAUGGCCUUCCGUCUCCUCAUCAAAAUGAAAAUGAAACAGGGCCUGUAUCGUUCAAUUUUUUACCAAACUAUGCCCACAAUGAUGACAUUUUGGUAAAUCAAGUACACUUGAAUAAUUCUUUUGGAGUUAAUGAUAUUGGCCAGCAUAAUAUAAAUGAAGAAGCUUUCCAAAACUCUAGAAUGGUGGACAAUGCUAGUAACAUCUGGAACACAAUUCAGCUCGAUAAUGACGAUCCAAAAUCUGUAUCUAAUAUGGAAAGCAAAGAGAGUAGCAGCACAAUUCAUGAACCAACUACACCCAAAGCCCAUAAGCGUAACCAAAGUAACAGUAGUAUUGCAUCCUGGACCAGACUGAGUUGGAAAAGCUUGACAACUUCUAAUCCAACCUCUCCACAGAGAGGUAGUAUUCAUGAACCCGCACUUGAAGAAGAGGAUCAACGCCCAAAUAGCCAGGGCCACGCUAAUGGCCAAGAAAGACCCACAAAUGGCAGAAAAAUGUCAAGACUAUUGAGCAGAUCCACUAUGAAUAAUUUAUUCAAGAAGUCUACACAUGACAGUUGA